AUGUCCUCGGGGAGGCCAGGGGAUGGGGCGGGGGGUGGGGCAGGGGUCAAGGGUGGGACGGGAGGCAAGGGAGGUAAGGGGCACAAGAGUGCCUGUAGGUUGAGAAUUGGGUCAUGGAACAUAGGUACAUUGACGGGUAAGUCUAUAGAGCUGGCGAAGAUCCUACAGAAGAGGAAGGUCAAUAUAGCGUUUGUCCUGGAGACUCGGUGGGUAGGAUCGAGGGCGAGGAAUGCAGACGAGUAUAAGUUGUGGUACUCUGGAGUCCUGAAGGGUAAGAAUGGUGUAGGCAUUUUGGUGGAUAGGGAACUUAGAGAGUCUGUGGUAGAGGUUAGGCGGGUGAAUGGUAGGUUAAUGUCUAUUAAGUUGGUGGUUAGAGAGUGCACCCUAAAUGUUGUUAGUGCGUAUGCGCCGCAAGCAAGCUUGGAUGAGGAGGUUAAGAGGUGCUUCUGGGAGGGGUUGGAUAAGAUUUUGCGUAGUAUUCCGUCUGUUGAGAGGUUAUUUAUAGGAGGGGAUUUUAAUGGUCAUAUUGGGUCGACUGCAGACGGCUAUGGCGAGCUGCAUGGUGGCUUUGGUUUUGGGGAUAGGAACGCAGGAGGAACUUCGCUGUUGGAUUUCGCAAGGGCAUUUGAGCUGGUGAUUUCUAACUCUAGUUUUCCAAAGAGGGAGGAUCAAUUGGUUACUUUUCAGAGCAUAGUGGUGAAGACUCAGAUUGACUAUCUGCUCCUUAGGAGGUGUGAUAGAGGGUUGUGUAAGGAUUGCAAGGUUAUCCCGAGUGAGACCCUCGCGACGCAGCAUAGGCUCUUAGUGAUGGACGUCGGUAUUAUGAUGAAGAGGAAGAAGAGGACUGCACGCGGUCGAUCGAGGAUCAGGUGGGGAGCCUUGACUAAGGGUAAAGCUCAGGAGUUGGAAGGGAGGCUAUCGGCCGUGGGAGCCUGGAAGAGUAGUGGGGACGCGAGUGUUAUGUAG